AUGGCACCGAUCCUGACCACCAACCCCACAGUGACACUCACUCCAGAGCCGCUCACACCGGUGAAUUUCGCCCAAUUCGGCACAGCAGUGGUCUCCCCCCUACCACGAGAACUAAGUGUCGCCACAGCACCAUCUACCCUCCCACCACACAAUCCAACCCCUGUCCUAGCAAAUCAAAACUCCGCCCUGAAAUACAGUCCCAUCUCCCCGCUCCUAGACAGAUACAAUGCCUGUCCAAGCGGCCAGCCAUCCGAAGCACGCAUGACCAUGUUCUGCUGUUUCCCGCGCCAAUUACGAAGUAUCCAAUCCGGCCAGUUAGAGAAAGAGGCAUUUGAUGUCCGGAUCCUGGAGCGCCACCCUUUCACAAACCAGACUUUCAUCCCGGUUGAUCUGUCGGCGCAUUCUAAAGUGGGGGAUGAGGAUGAGCCGCUGUUCUUGGUGGUGGUGGCGCCUACAUUGAAGGGUCAAACUGCGUUGGCUAAAAAUGAGAAUGGAGAAUCGGUGGCUAUCCAGGAUCCGCCAGACUUGAAGAAUGUGAAGGCGUUUGUUGCGCGCGGUGGUCAGGCCGUGACGUAUGGGGUGGGCACUUGGCAUGCGCCUAUGGUUGUUUUGGGCAAGAGGCGGGUCGAUUUUGUGGUUGUGCAGUUUGUGAAUGGGGUUGGGGACGAGGAUUGUCAAGAGGCUGCCUUUGGGGAAGGUGUUGUUGUUGAUCUUGGUAAGAAGGGGCAGCUUGGUCGGGUUGAGAAUCAGCCUAGGUUGUGGCCGGCUAAGCUGUGA